AUGACUGAAGUCUCGUCGACCAGACUUUAUCUCGGGAACCUUCCCCGCAACGCAACCAAACAGGAUAUCGAGGAACAUUUCGGCAGCCAUGGAUCUGGCAAAAUCACCGAGAUCAAGCUGAUGAAUGGCUUUGGCUUCAUUGAAUACGAGGAUGCACUGGAUGCCCGGGAUAUUGUUCCUGCUUUCCAUGGCAGCGACUUCAAAGGCGAGCGGCUUACUGUGCAGUUUGCUCGGGGUCCACGACGCAAGGAGAAUUUCACUCCUGGUCCCAUGGAUCGCUCUCUUGCCCCUCGCCCGCGUCGUACCAUGUUCCGGAUGCAAAUUUCUGGACUUCCUGAUACCAGUUGGCAGGACCUCAAAGAUUUUGCCCGUCAGUCUGGACUGGACGUAGUUUACUCUGAAACCGGCCGUGAACUGGGUAAAGGGUUUGUGGAAUUCGAGACCGCCGCCGACCUGAAGUCGGCCGUGGAGAAACUCGACCAGCGGGAGUUCAAAGGCUCGCGGGUGACCUGCAUUGCGGAUAUCCAGAGCUAUGAUGACCGUUACCGGGAUGCCCACCGGGCCCGUUCCCCGCGUCGGCCCUAUCCUCCCAUGGACGACUACGACCGCAGGAUGCCUCGUGGCUACAGCCCCCGGAAUCACUACCGUGAACGGUCUCCCCUUCCCCUGCGCCGGGACUACUAUGACCGAGCGGACUAUGGACGCCGGACUCCCCCACGGCCUCGUAUCGAGGAUUAUCCCCCCCCCCGCGUCGUCCCUAUGACGACCCGUAUGAUACCCGGCCCCCACCCCCCUCCUCGUCACUACGAUGACCCCUACCUCGCGGCCGCCCGGUCGUAUGGUCGUCCCCGCUCCCCUCCUCGAGGUGACUACAUGGCUUACGACCGUCCUCGCUACUGGUAA